UCAUACUAAUAUGCAUAAUAAAAUAUACUUUUCAGCUUAGAACACGAUCAUUCGAUCAGAGUAACAAUCAUUUUGUAAUCGAAAGAGACAAUUUCAAAAAUCGCUACUCCCUUACUUUCUACGCUUUACGUAGAAUUUUAAUAAUUGAAACGCAACUGUAGAAUCUCGUGGUGUAUUUCAGAAAAUGCAACUUGUUCCCCUUUACUUACUAUCUAGAUAAUAACUGUUCGUAAUCUGUACAAACUUUUAAACAGCAUUUAUUGGAAACUACAAACUGCUACAAAUAUGAUAUUGUCAGUUUUUUUAAAUAUAUGUCUCGAUUUUCUUUGAAUCUCAUGAAAUUUUCUAUAAAUUAUAUUACAUUAAUACAUAAAAAAGUUUUUCAUUUUUUCAAAUAUUUUCACAAUAUCUUAUUUCUAUCAAAGAUAACUAUCAAAGACAAGAAUCGUACAUCAAUCAAAAAAUUCCACUCAUGGUAAUACUUCUAUCCAUAAAAUAAUUUGCAUCAUUCGUGGAAAAUUGAAACGGGUAAUUUCAAUCAAUUUUUUACUCUUCGAAUUGGUUUCAAACAAUGAAUGACAUGAAUUCAAUGCUGAAUCCAUAUACGCAAGCGCAACAUUCCAUAUCAAACCGAAUUCCAGUUUUACCAUACACGCAUGACUAGUCACAUCGAAACAUUCAGUCAUGGAAAAUACAUCUCGAAUAGCAAAAGUGGAAGAGGAUUUGAAAUAUGCCAUAAGAUUCGUGAAACCCAUUAUGGAAAUGAUCGGUGCCUGGCCGAUUUCACCAUCUACCUCUUUUUUCUUAAAAGUAGUCCAAAGAUUGAAACAUAUAUUUACAUACUUCCUUUUCUUUCUGAUAAUGAUCCCAACUCUUAUGUACGUGUUCCUGAAAGAGAAAAACAACAAAGUGAGACUAAAGCUUAUGCCGCCGAUUAUUAACUGCAGUAUACAGUUCUUUAAAUACACGAUCAUUCUCUGGCGGAGGAAAGAGAUCCAAGAAGGAUUAUACGCGAUCAAACAUGAUUGGAUAAAAGCCACGGAAGAGGAGCGAUUGAUUUUUCGCUCGAAAGCGAAGAUUGGAAGAAGGAUAGUUUUGAUCGUUGCGUUCACUAUGUAUAGUGGCGGUUUAUGCUAUCGGAUGAUCCUUCCCCUUCUGAAGGGAACGAUCGUCACUGCUAAUAAUACUACGAUUAGAGCAUUACCUUGUCCCAGUUAUUUUCUUAUUUUGAACGAGCAACAAUCGCCGAUUCACGAAAUAUUGUUCGUGUUGCAAGUUAUAGCCGGAAUAGCGAUUUAUGCGGUUAUUUGCGGCUUCUGCGGAAUUUUUGCUCUGCUAGUUCUUCAUGCAUGGAGUAUGCUGAGGAUCCUAGUGAAUAAGAUAAAGAAAUUAGUGGAUAAAUCAAAUAUGUCUGAAGUGGUGCUGCAAAAAAAGAUCAUGGAUAUUGUUGAAUAUCAAAUGAAAAUAAAGAGAUUUUUAAAGAAUAUUGAAACAAUUACAGAAUAUAUAUGUUUAAUCGAAAUGAUUGGUAGUACGUGUAUGAUCUGUCUCGUGGGUUACUGUAUUUUAAUGGAAUGGGAGAAUACUAAUACAAUGGCAAUCGUAAUCUAUAUCACGAUACAAAUAUCUAUCAUCUUCUGUAUUUUUAUACUUUGUUACAUUGGACAAAUGCUUGUAGACGAGAACUACAUUGUAAGCCAAGCAUCAAGUACAAUAAAUUGGUAUCGCCUUUCGAUCAAAAAUAUGCGUUGCUUGAUACUAAUUAUCGCUAUGUCUAACCAUCCAAUGAAACUCAAAGCAGCCAAAAUGAUGGAAAUGUCUUUAAUUACUUUUACCGAUAUCAUGAAAGUUUCAAUGGGAUAUUUAAACAUACUACGUGAAAUUAUUUAAACAAUUAUUAUUUACAUGUACGUUUUCUAAAAAUUAUAGAGAAAUGAUUUUAUACAUAAUCUGACUUUUUUUU